AUGAGUUCCUCAAAUGUGUAUGUAGUAUUUCCAAAGGAGAAAGACUUCACCUCUCGCAGCGGCAGUCCAGAUGACGGCCUCGGCAGUCAGACCUGGGCCAACUCGGACCCCUCAGACGUGUCAGAUGUGGGUCAGAUUGUGCGGCGCCACGUCCCCGGGGCCGUCUUCCUGGAGAGCAUCGGCCAGGAGAUCACCUUCGUGCUGCCCUACGCCGGAGCCAGAGACGGGACCUUCGCUCUGCUGUUCUCAGAGCUGGACCGGGCCUCCGCUGAGCUCGGACUCACCAGCUACGGCAUCUCCGACACCACGCUGGAGGAGAUAUUUCUCAAAGUGGCAGAUGAUACCGGAGUGGAUUCAGAAACAACAAAGGAGCUGCUGGAGCAAGACUGCAGGAGAAACUCAUUCAAGAGGAAUAGCAUCUCCAGCGCCUCUGCAAAGAGAGAGUUAAAGGAGAAGUUCACAAGUAAAGUGGAAGACCUCCAGAACAGCGCCAGCCUCAGUGGGCGGGGGUCCUCGGUCAUUGUCGGGGGGCAGCUGAUUAGAAGACAGUUCCUGGCGCUCUUCAUCAAACGCUUCCACCACGCCCGCCGCAGCCGCAAGGGCCUCCUCGCACAGGUGGUGUUACCUGCAGCCUUUGUGUGUCUGUCUCUGAUCUUCUCGCUCAUCGUGCCCCCCUUCACGGAGUACCCCAGCCUGGAGCUGCAGCCCUGGAUGUACGGGCUGCCUCAAACCACUUUUUACAGCAAUGAUGGCCCGGGUAAUGCAGAGGUGUCUAAGGUGGUGGAGACGCUGGUGAACAAUCCUGGCUUUGGCACUCGCUGCAUGACUGGAGACCCAAUACCGAAGCUCCCGUGUUCCUCGGCUGACUCUGAUUGGUUCACUCCCCCGGUGGAUCCGUCCAUCACCGACAUCUUCCUGCAGGGGAACUGGAGCAUGGCCAACCCCUCCCCCUCCUGCCAGUGCAGCACACCUAAACGCACCAUCAUGUUACCUGACUGCUCCCCCGGGGCAGGAGGCCUGCCCCCCCCUCAGCAUUCACAGAAAAAGGAAGGAGAAAGAAGCUCAUUUGGAGCUAAAUGGUUUGCACCGCAGUCUCCGUGCGAUGAUGAUGAGGAAUCUAAGCUGGAGAGGGAAUAG